CUUUCCUUCCUACCUUACACAACAACUGAUAUGACCUAUUGCAAUACAACUAGAUCUUUUGACCUUGCAAAAGAUGAGCAACUAAGAGCGUUUCAGGGUCAUCUCAAGAAACUGACCAAACAUGGAGCUUUCUCCAUGGCUUGUCUUCUUGUUCAGUGUUCUUGUGCAGGCUUUUGCCAUCUUGGCCGAUACGAAUGGACGAGACAAUGCUGGACUCUCUGGGAUUGCAGAUUCCUGGAACAAAAAGCCAUCAAACUGGAAUGGCAUUGACCCGUGUGGAGAUAAGUGGAUUGGGAUAACCUGCACUGGGAACCGGAUCACGGCUAUAAGACUCUCAAGUUUCGGAUUGUCAGGGACUCUUUCAGGGGACAUUCAGUCUCUGUCUGAAUUGCAGAACUUGGACUUAUCCUACAACAAGGACUUAGGUGGUCCUCUUCCUUCAUCGAUUGGAGCCUUGAGUAACCUCGAAAACCUAAUUCUUGUUGGUUGCAGCUUUUCUGGUGAAAUACCAAAAGAAUUAGGACAGCUCUCAAAACUUAUAUUUUUAUCAUUGAACUCUAACAAGUUCAGCGGCCCCAUCCCAGCAUCACUAGGCAACCUCUCAAAGCUAUACUGGUUUGAUCUGGCUGACAAUAAGCUCACUGGAGGACUUCCCGUAUUCGACGGUAUAAAUCUUGGGUUGGACAAUCUGACAAAUACAAAGCACUUCCACUUCGGGAUAAAUCUACUCUCAGGCCCCAUACCGAGCGAGAUUUUCAACUCACAUAUGAAGCUGAUACAUCUUCUUCUUGACAACAACAACUUCUCUGGUAGCAUUCCUCCUACUUUAGGGCUUCUCAAUCCACUGGAAGUUCUGCGUUUCGAUAACAAUAAGUUGACUGGGCCAGUUCCUAGCAAUAUCAACAACCUCACCAAGCUUGCGGAACUCCACCUAGAAAACAACCAGCUGACUGGUCCACUACCAGAUCUAACAGGAAUGAAUGCACUCAGCUUUGUAGACAUGAGCAACAACACCUUUAAUGCAUCUGAUUCUCCUGCUUGGUUCACCACUUUGCCAUCUUUAACCUCAUUAUUCCUUGAAAAUCUGCGCAUAAGCGGGCAGCUACCGCAAGCUCUCUUCAGCCUUCCUGCAAUUCAGACAUUGAGGCUUCGGGGCAACCGUUUCAAUGGCACGCUUACUAUCGGAUCGGACUUCGGUACUCAGCUCCAACUAAUCGAUUUGCAAGGAAACCAGAUAACCGCGAUCACUGUUGGGGGAUCACAAUACAGCAAGACACUCAUACUUGUCGGAAAUCCGAUUUGCGUCGCAGGGAGCAACGAGAGAUACUGCACACCGCCCGGACAAUCGAAUCCGACAACGAAGCUGUAUGCUACUACGAAGAACUGUUCUGCGUUGCCACCCACAUGCCUCUCAAACCAGCUUCUGAGCCCAACCUGCAGCUGUGCUGUACCAUACACAGGCACCCUGUUCUUCAGAUCACCAUCAUUUUCUGACUUGAGCAGUCCCGCAAACUUUGUUCCGUUAGAGCAAGACAUGAAAUCCCAAUUCACGAAAUUCAACGUUCCUGUGGGCUCGAUCUCCAUCCAUGAUCCUUUCUUUGAUUCGAAUAACAACUUGCAGCUGAGCCUUGAGUUGUUUCCAAGUGGCAAGAUUCAGUUCGGCGAGCAAGACAUUUCUGAGCUUGGGUUUUUGCUGAGCAAUCAGACGUACAAACCUCCCUCCAAGUUCGGCCCAUACUUUUUCAUUGGGAAGCAGUACACUUUUGCCAGUGACGUGAUAAUACCAUCCAAAUCAAAGCCGAACCGACUACCGCUUAUCAUCGGAAUCUCAGUUGGUGGAGCGGUUCUUGUAGUAAUAGUUCUUGCUCUUGUUAUCGUCAUCGCAAGAAGGAAGAGAAAACCAAGGCAGACUGAAGAGAGAAGCCAAUCUUUCGUUUCCUGGGACAUGAAGAGCACCAGCGCCAGUACUAUCCCCCAACUGCGCGGCGCGCGCACGUUCACCUUCGACGAGCUGAAGAGGAUCACCAACAACUUCUCGGAGGCCAACGACAUCGGGAACGGCGGCUACGGGAAGGUAUACAGAGGGACGCUGCCGAGCGGGCAGCUGGUGGCGGUGAAGAGGUCCCAGCAGGGGUCUCUGCAGGGCAGCCUGGAGUUCAGGACGGAGAUCGAGCUCCUGUCCCGGGUGCACCACAAGAACGUCGUCAGCCUCGUCGGCUUCUGCCUCGACCAGGGCGAGCAGAUGCUCGUCUACGAGUACAUCCCCAACGGCACGCUCAAGGAGAGCCUCACAGGGAAGUCCGGCGUGCGGCUGGACUGGAGGCGGCGGCUCCGGGUGGUGCUCGGCGCGGCGAAGGGCAUUGCCUACCUGCACGAGCUCGCCGACCCGCCGAUCGUGCACCGCGACAUCAAGUCGAGCAAUGUCCUCCUCGACGAACGGCUCAACGCCAAGGUCUCCGACUUCGGCCUCUCCAAGCCCCUCGGGGAGGACAGCAGAGGCCAAGUCACCACGCAAGUCAAGGGCACAAUGGGAUACUUGGACCCUGAGUACUACAUGACGCAGCAGCUGACGGAGAAGAGCGACGUGUACAGCUUCGGCGUGCUGAUGCUGGAGAUGGUGACGGCGAGGAAGCCGCUGGAGCGUGGCCGGUACGUCGUCCGGGAGGUGAAGGCCGCAGUCGACCGUACCAAGGACCUGUACGGGCUGCAUGCGCUGCUGGACCCGGCGCUGGGCGCGUCGUCGUCGGCGCUGGCGGGGCUCGAGCAGUACGUGGACCUGGCGCUGCGCUGCGUCGAGGAGGCCGGCGCCGACCGUCCGUCCAUGGGUGAGGCGGUUGGCGAGAUCGAGCGGAUCUUGAAGAUGGCUGGCGGCGGUGGCACGGGUCCCGACUCGGCCUCCAACUCCAUGAGCUACGCUAGCCGUACGCCGCGCCACCCCUACGGCGGCGACAGCCCCUUCGAGUACAGCGGCGGCGGGAUGCCAUCGUCGAGGGUGGAGCCCAAGUGAAGCGUGCGCGGGGAAUACUCGACUACUCGUAGAACAAAGCAUGCUUGUACAUGGCAAUUGUACUAGUUUGUAAAUUUUGGUUUAUGUGUGCCUUCAAUUUCUAGGUAAUAAAACAAAAUUGCUUGAUUA